AUGAGCCUCCCGAUUCUGCCACGCCCGGCGGAUAACAGCACCGCCCAGUCCCUCUGCCUCACGAUCUGCGGCUACCGACGCCCGGGAAUGAGCGAGGUCGACUACCGCCAGCAUAUGACGCAGGUCUCCGCUCCAAUGACCGCAGAUCUAAUGGUCAAGUACGGAGUGAAGCGCUGGACGAUGAUCCACAAUACCACCGAAAGUCGGGCGCUCAUGGAUCAACUGAUCGAUCCGCAGAUGGCCAACAUCGCCGACUUCGAUUGCUUCAGCCAGGUGGUGCUUCACGACCUGGCGGGCUACAAGCGGCUGAAAGAGGAUUCCUGGUACCGGGAGCAUCUGGUCGGUGAUCAUGAGAAAUUCGCCGACACGCGGCGCAGCAUGAUGACCAUCGGGUGGGUGACGGAGAUCGUGCGUGAUGGGCAGGUAGUGAAGCACAGCACUAUACCCCAUCCUAUGGUUGCACCGGCCCUGAGGAUGAGGCGGAGGAGCUCCUUCGACCCGCACGUAGCCGCGGUGAUGACAGGCUCGAUUCUCACCGGUGCCAUGCUAUCCCUCUCGUUCAUCGCUGUCCCCGUCCUCCUCGACACAACCACUCACCCCCCGCAACUUCUCCACCAGUGGAGCCGACUGCAUCACUAUGGCCACGUCGUGCUCCCCUCCACUACCAUCCUAACCGGCCUGCUGUACAUCUACGCAGCGGUUUGCUACCACCAGAGGUCCAGCCGAAGGUGGGGCGCGCUGGCCCUCGCCGGGGUGCUGACGGUGGCUAUAGCUCCCUUUACGUGGCUGGUUAUGGCGCCCACCACUCAUGAGCUGUUUCGAUUGCAGGCCGUCACUGGUCAAAUGGAACUGGUAGGCAUGGCAAUUGGCCGAGCGCAGGCCUUGGUCAGUCACUGGCGGAAUCUGCAUAUGGUGCGGUCUUUGUUCCCCUUGCUGGGGGCGAUAAUUGGGGCCGUCGCAUUGGUGGGGUCAUAGUCGGUCUGGCUUCGGAACCCGCCAGCUAGAGAUUCUCAGUGGGGAGGCAGAGGGCGAUGACCGAGACUGGGAUCUCCCGACGGGUCAGCAAGACCCAGCGAAGGGGGAAUGGUAGGCGCCGCCGAAGAAGCCAAAGUCACACCU